GUUCAACAACUUUUCGCAUCGCUACUCCCAUCGGCCCUCCCGUCCUUCCUUCCUUCUCCUCAUAAACCGACUCGUGUGCCGUGGCGUUUGACGAUAUCUUGUUGUCUGAUCACCUCCUCCUCCGUCUCCUCCCUUCCUCUUACUCUCCAGACCGACUCUUGUCACCGGGUGUCCCGCGGCGUGUCGAGUGUUUGCUGCAACUUGUCUCUUUUUUCUUUUCUCGUUGCUUCUCGUCACUCCUUAGGCUCUGCCUCUUUUUGGGUCGUGUCGAUCGACGCUCUGCCGCCGCGCCGCGUGCAUUGCUCAACGCCUACCCCAUCUGCCAUCAGAAGAUCCGCAUCUUCCGCGUCGAGUCCACCAGGGCAACCCGCAUCGAGACGCACGGUCGCAACCAAAGUUCUUGUCGGAAAUCUUCGCAAGGAGACCGUCGCGCCAGUUCCUCAACCUCGUUCCCUCCAACUCGAAGAGAACUACCCUCAAGAUGGCGACCCAAGCCCCCUCCUCCUUCUACGAGCAAUUGCCUCUGCCCACCCUCGACCGUCCCUUUGGCAUCCACCUAUGGCCUUUGCUCGACAAGGUCUGGACCCCCAUCGUCGGCUACCCGGUGAGCGAGUUCAGGUUCGUGCCUGGCGUCACGCCCAUGUCCACGAUCAAGCAGGCCGGCAUCUUCGUCAUCAUCUACUACACCAUCAUUUUUGGCGGUCGCGAGUGGAUGCGCAACCGUGAGCCCUACAAGCUCAAGGGUCUCUUCCUCGCCCACAACCUGUUCCUCACCCUCAUCAGCGCCGGUCUUCUCGCCCUCUACAUUGAGGAGCUCCUGCCGACCGUUGUGCGCGGAGGCAUCUUCCAUGCCAUCUGUGACGCCGAGGGCGGUUGGACCCAGCCCCUCGUUGUCCUCUAUUACAUGACAUACUUGACCAAAUACCUCGAGUUGCUGGACACCGUGUUCCUCUUCCUCAAGAAGAAGCCCCUGACGUUUCUCCACUGUUACCACCACGGCGCGACUGCUCUCCUCUGCUACACCCAGCUGAUUGGCUCCACUGCCGUCUCGUGGGUUCCCAUCACCCUCAACCUCGGCGUUCACGUCGUCAUGUACUGGUACUACUUCCAGAGCGCGCGCGGCGUCCGCAUCUGGUGGAAGGAGUGGGUCACUCGUUUCCAGAUCAUCCAGUUCAUCAUCGAUCUCGGCUUCGUUUACUUCGCCUCCUACACCUACUUCACCUCGACCUACUUCCCCUGGAUGCCCAAUGCCGGCAAGUGUGCUGGUGAGGAGUUUGCUGCUUUUGCUGGUAUCGGCAUCCUCAGCUCCUACCUUGUCCUCUUCAUCUCCUUCUACCUUGCGACCUACAAGAAGGGCGGCAAGUCGCAGACCCGCAAGUCUCUCCGCCGCAUGAGCCAAGCUCCCCUUCCCGACCCCCACAACGUUGCCUCGGCCGUCGCUGCCCACUCCAACGGCAACGCCAAGGCCAGCGGAGCCAAGGCCAACGGCUCUGCGCCCCGAUCCCGCAAGGCGUAAGACUCUGGCAUCUCGAAUGCCAUCCACGGUGUGGAAUGUAUAUAUGCGAAUGACCGUACAGGCAUUUGGGGGUUUCUGUGCCGGAAAUCUUGACGGCUUACACGUUUGGAUCUGGAGAGAAAAAUAUUCUUGGCUUGAAGGCAUGCCCCCGGCCGCGCACCGAUGGCGACCGUUGCAGGCGCGCGCGGCUCUUUUUUCACAACUGUGUAUUACUGCAUCGUUCUCGCACGGCUGGCGAGGAACGCUUUGAAACCCAAAAAGGAGGCCUGCUGUGGUGAGCAGCAAGCUCAUAGUUGGACGUGUAUGACGAUUUGGGAGGCUGACGACGUUUGUAUGUUUGUGUGCCUUUGGCGAACUCGGGGUUGGCUUCGGUCGGUGGGUAUCAUUUGCAAUGGACGAAACGACCCCUGGGUGGUCAGCAAGUGCCGCGCUUUCACCCGGGAGGAAACGCACCUAGAACAGUUGUAAUUUCUCUUGUGCUUCUUGUGUUAUAGAUGGAGCGGUUGUCGCCUCGACUUGGAGGCCGGCGCCGCCGCUUGAUACUAAUACUUUUUACGGCGAUGCAGCCAACCUGCUCUUGGUCGGUGACAAGUCGACGGACUCUCAGGCAUCCAUCCAGCUACCCUUUGAGCAGGGCUGUGGUCAACCCCGGCCACACAGCAGUCCUCAAUGGGUGUUGCUUGCCGAGCUUGGCGAAGUUCGACGUUCGACGUUCGAGGACCGGACAUGGAGGAUAAUAAGUAGAGGGAAAUACGAUGACUUUGAGCAUACCGCUCCGGUGUCUAUACAUGCCGCAAUGUGAAAUUUGACGACUUUGUGGACAUGGAAGAAUGAGACUAGCCUCAGACGCACGUCUUCCGGCUCGAAGACCAGAUCGCUGGAAGGGGCAUGCAUGUCAUCAUCCGUUCGAGGCGU